AUGGUUCCCCGCCAAGAAGAUGAUGAUGAGGACGACAUUUCGCUCACUUCGACGGUUCAGAGUGAGCCAAAAUCGGAAUAUGAAGUCGAGCAAGUCCUAGCUGAGCAGCGCUUCGAGAACGGUGUCCGCUAUCUGGUGCAAUGGGCUGGCUAUCCUCCUGAGAGAAACUCCUGGGAACCUGCCGAUGCCUUCAGUGGUGGGCAGACAAUCCUCGGCUGGCGUCGGAAAAAGAGAGAUAUCCUAGCAGGAAAGUGCAAGAGUUUUGAUGUAGAUGCCUGGCUGCAAUAUAUGGAAGACUUCGAAGAAAAGAGAGAGGACCGCAAGCGCAGACGCGAAGCCAAGAGACGAAGGCUAGGAGCAUUAGCUGCUCAUGAUCAACGCCGAGCAUCAGAUGGGACAAGCAAAGUUGCGCAGAAAACUGAUUCACAGCGACCUCUACAGAAACCUUUGUCUCGACGCCAUUCCAGCGGCCCAGGAGUACAGGCACAGAGGCGCGUUCCCCAGGAAGUACCUCCGCUCUUGUUCGGCGGUGGCAAGCCACCUCAAGCUCAUCCGCAGCGUCGGAGCUCUCUCCACGUGAGCACGAGUAUGAACUCGGGCAAAUUGUUAGUUCGGAUCCUAUACGGUCCGGAUAGAAGGAUGAUAGGCGCCGCUAGGCUUUGUGGCCUCGAGUCAAGGAUAAGAGCUCAGCUUCUUAGGCACAAGGGAGGCCACAGCCUUGACAUUUGGUUUCAACAUGUCUGUACAUUGGAUCAAUACCAAACAAUAGCUCCGAAUGCAAUGGGCAGAGCCUAUGAUGUUGGUUGGAUUGAAGGAUAUGACGAUACCACACCCGAUAUCCGCCUAAUGUCACAAGACCUCAAGCAAGAAAAUACUGUGGCUAUAUACAACUUUGAGAGAGUGGGGCUGGCGUUUCUCGCUUACCCUCCCGAUUCACUCGACUUUCGAGAUCUGAGCAAUGUACGCAAGGACAUCCCCGAUGUGUAUCUUCACAUUCAUGUUAGAGAAUCCCUGAAUUCCAUUGAGCAACUUCACACUAACACACACGUUCAAAACUCAACCCCACGAUAUCCUGAAACCGCGAUUGCCGGAUCGGCCGAGAAUGUGAAUAGAUCCGACCAUUUGUCAAGCACAGAGGGGUAUGAAGAGACCAGAAGGGAGUUUACAAGAUCCAUGAAAGUGGCAGAUCGAACCGUGAUAGAGAACGCUUCAAAACGUCACAUGUCCCCUGACCAACACGUAGCAGAGGCUACUGUGAACGGGUCCAGCCUACCGAAUUUACUCGAAGACAUCAAUACCGACCCUUUUCUACCUGAACUAGCUGCAUUUGAAGCGAUGGAUUUCGAUCAUGAAGGGCCACCACCGGCUCUUCAACAGAAGAAAUCUCUCACCGAUGAUGAGCUUAAUCUGAAGACUAUUUUCAAAAAACAAUUUAAAGUGAAUUUUGAGACUUUGGUCAAGGUGAAUGCAGGGUCGAAAACUCAAUUAGCAAAGGCACUAUACCUUAUGUACCCGGAAGAUCCGAUUCAUGCCGAAGAGUUUCAGCUGUUGGCCGAGUUCCUCAAAUAUUACAAUCCAGUCAUAUAUUCCAGCCAGUAUGAAGGGGACUGGGAGAAGUUUGCGCGGACAGUCUCUACCGGAGUCGUCUUCUUCCACGAGAGCUUUGCGGCCUUCCACACACUUCCAUUCCUCAAACAACUCCUCGGAAAAUCCUCCGUCGGUUUUUGGAGCGUUUCGUUGGUCAAGCCGCUGCAAUUCGCCGACCAUCCUUCUCACUUUCAACGCAUAUUUCCCCACGGCUGCGUCAUUUUGAUGACCGAGGAAUUCAUGGUGCGUGAGCAGCAUGGCACGAUCGUCUUGCUUGCCUGGAUGAACGAUUGGAUGAGGAAGAAGAUCCCAGGGUAUUGGAAGAUGAUGUUCCGCCCUGAUAUCCUGAACUGGGUUCUCCAGCAACACGAAACCAGUCCACAGGCGGAUCAAGAAAAUUGGUUGACCAUGUACCGUCUGAUCUCGCAACUCUGCGUCCCUUCAGCCUACGACACUGCCUCCGGCGAAGUCCUAUCAGGCUCCACCGACGAGUACUUCGAAAGCAACGCCAUCUCCCCUCCCGAACUCCAGGGCUACGGGUCGCGCACCGAGAAAGACAUCCCCGACAUCCCCGCCGGCCUGUCGCGCGCGCACCUCAAUGCCGACCACCUGAUCGAGUUCUUCGCCGGAUGGGCCCUCGUCAAUAAUCAUCUGUACCGCCGAUUCGUGGUCGUCACCAGCCCCGGCCUGAGGCUCCCGCGGUGGGCGGAGUGGAACCACAUCGAGCUCAAACACGGCGCGAGGGAAUUCAUCGAAUCCUUCAAGAUCGACUACAGAUACUAUUGGAGCAAGCUGACCGAGAAGCCCGGCUCGCAGGGCGGAGCAAAGGACCACCACAGCCAUCAGGCAGCAUCGCCUUACACGCCGCGUACUCCGCGCGGCCUUCGUGCGGCGCCCACUGAACACAAAGCUUCGAAGCUCACGCAAACCAUGAAUUCGGCUUCGGCGCAGUAUAACUAUCCCGAGCCUUACCACUGA